CUCGUGUCGUGUCACUUCACUUCACUAACCAACACACUCCGACUAGGCCAGCAAAAUCGUUGAGGCAAUGGACCAGCCCACCGGCACCGUCGUCUUCACCACCGUCGGCCGCCCCUACUACGGCUUCGACGUCUUCUCCUUCCACCUCGACACCGCCGAAGAGCACCGCCUCACCGAUGGCACAUCCGUCAACUUCAACGCUCAGUUCGUGGACGACGAAUUGACUGUCGUCUUCGUCUCUGAGCGCUCCGGCUGCGCCAAAAUUUACCUCGCCCGCCCCGGUGCCGCCGCUCCUGAAGCCAUGCCCGCCGCCCCCGGCAGCCUCUUCCAUGACCGCCCCGUCAUAAGGAACAGUAGCCUUUACUUCAUCUCUGCCCACGAGAAGCCCGACCGCCACUUCCGGGGCUGGUCCGCUCUCUACUCGGCCGACCUCGAUGGAAAAGGCGGGAUUGCCCGAUUGACACCGAUCAGUUGUGUGGAUUACAGCCCUUCCAUUUCGCAAUCAGGCGAUCUUGUGGCGGUGGCGUCCAAUGGGUCCAGACAGUGGGAUGGGGAGUUCCACGAGCUCCACACGGACAUAGUCGUGUUCCGAGGAUCCGAGCCCGAUAAGCGGGUGACCGUGUGCGAGCAUGGGGGAUGGCCGACCUGGUCGGGCGAUUCGGUCAUCUUCUUCCACCGCCAGGCCGAUGACGGGUGGUGGAGCAUUUACCGGGUCGAUGUCCCCGGAAAUCUUGACCUGCCCGCCACAUUCCCCGUCGCCCCAACCCGGGUCACCCCGCGCGGAGUUCACUGCUUCACCCCUGCGGCUUUUCACGAUGGAAGGAGGAUUGCUGUAGCCACCCGGCGGCGGGGAAAGAGCCACCGCCACAUCGAGAUUUUCGACCUCGAAUCCAGGAAGUUCCACCCGGUGACAGAGAGCUUGAACCCGAAUAUCCACCACUACAAUCCGUUCGUGUCCUCUCGAUCCGAUUACAUUGGAUAUCAUCGGUUUCGGGGUGAAUUGGCUCAGGGCGAGUCGAUUAUCCCACACCUCGACCCCGUGACUUCGCCUGUCGAGACUAUCCGGAUGCUGAGGCUCAACGGGUCAUUUCCUUCCUUCUCCCCCUCUGGGGAUUUCAUUGCCUUAAACCACGACUUCGAAUCGGAUGGCAAUGGAGGCGUAAAGGUCGUCCGAUCAGAUGGCUCAAAGCGGUGGACCCUCGUCAAGGGCCGCACUGCCUUCUACAACUCAUGGAGCCCCACCGAGAAGAAAGUGAUCUACACCUCGAUCGGCCCUAUAUUCGAGUCGGUGAGGGCGACAGUGCAGAUUGCUCGGAUCACCUUUGACGUGUCUGAUCUGGACGAUCAAAAGGAGGAGGUUACUUGUGACAUAAAGGUCCUCACGAGGGAGGAAUCCGGGAACAAUGCUUUUCCGUCAUGCUCCCCAGAUGGGAAGUGGAUUGUGUUCCGGUCAGGUCGGACCGGCCACAAGAACCUCUACGUGAUUGAUGCCGUUAAUGGCGAGUUCGAUGGAGGCAGCAUAAGGCAGCUGACUGAUGGGCCCUGGAUUGACACAAUGCCUAGCUGGUCCCCGAGAGGUGACCUCAUAGCAUUCUCCUCAAACCAGCAUAACCCGAACAACACCGAGGCGUUCAGCAUAUAUCUGAUCAAGCCGGAUGGCACAGGCCUGAGGAGGGUAACUGUGGCGGGGCCGGAUGCUGACAGGGAGAGGAUCAACCACGUGUGCUUCAGCGAGGACGGGGAGUGGCUGCUCUUUACAGCGAACGUCGGGGGAGUUAUAGCAGAGCCGGUGUCACUCCCGAACCAGUUCCAGCCAUAUGGGGAGCUCUACGUGAUGACGGUGGAUGGGAUGGGGCUCAGGAGGCUGACAUGGAACGGUUACGAGAAUGGGACCCCGGCGUGGUAUUCCGGGAGCGGGGAGGGGCUCGGGAUGGUGGGCUUGGAGAGGGGAAUAGGGGACAAGCUCAGAGGACAGUUCGAUGAGCCGCUUUGGAUAUCAUGCGACAUCGACAUAUGAUUGGGAGGGAGCAAACUAUGUUUCGUUUGUCAGGUCACAAGUUCUGUUGUUGUUUGUUAUAAUUCUGGGUUUGAUUGAAUAAUAAGUUCAAUAAAUGAACAAAUAAAAGGUCCCUGUCUUUGCAGGAGGCCCUUCUGAAGUUACGAGCCACCUAAUUUGUCUUUCUAUUUCA